AUGGACGUUCUUGGAGUUUCGCUCGGAGCCGUCUCGCUUGUUACUUUAUUCAAGACAUGUCUGGAAUUGUUUGAGACGUUUGAGAACGGAAAGAACCUAGGAAAAGACUACGAAAUUCUAUCGACCAAAGUUGGCAUUGAACGUAUUCGUCUUGCCCUGUGGGGAGAUUCCGUCGGCCUCACCAGACUUGUACCAGAGCAGGCGAAAAAGUCCGACCAAAAUGACGGUGUUGACCCUCGUCUUGUUGAGCCGCGCAUGGUCAGGGCUGUUUCCGAUAUCCUGAAUUGUAUGCGACGGUUAUUCGAAGACAGUGGCUCUCUCACAAGAAGAUAUGGUUUACAGGCAUCUACCACGACCGGGGUGAUUACAGCGAGUGCUGGCGAUAAUGCAGUGGCAACGACAUUCCACAAAACCUAUGUCCGUAUUCACGCAUCAGCUUCGCGUAUUCAACGAGGCUCGUCUCUAGUCGCAGCUGCGAGAUGGGCUAUCAAGGACAAGAAGCGCUUCGAGCGCUUUGUUGAAGAUCUUCGCGGCUUCAACGAUAGCCUGGCUUUGCUGUUUCCAGAUAUAGAUGCAGAUGCACGCCAGGCUAUGGCAGAUGAGAUAAAGGAGUCGACCGACCUGAACGGUCUUCAGAUUGUUGAACAGGCCGUCUCUGACUUGGACGGAGGGGAGUCGCUUGUGGAAGCGGCGAGCGUCCGCAUCACGCAAUUGUCUCAGUACACACAGAGCGUUGCUGAGGACCACACGACACAAACUGACGACAGUGCUGUAGACAUUGAUGUCAACCGUCUUACCCGACAAUUGGGUAAGCUCGAGGCUUCGAUGAGCAAGAGAGUUGAGCUGCGAGGGGGGCUGCGGUUUACUCUCUCCGCAAUCGUGGGGCAUGAUUAUUUCGCCAAAUUCUCGUUUUAUGGCAUGGACAGUAAAGACUGGCUAGUCGAGAGACAUAAGGAGGCUCAAUAUGUGAAGCAUUCGACUCUGGCAUGGUCGUUAAUGUACAUGUCCGACCGAGACAGACAUGACCAGGCUGACUUUAGCCGACAGGACACAGAGUGCCACCGACUCUACGAAGGGAAGCUUCCUGGUACGCGAAGCAUUGAUGGAUAUAUCGCCGAUUUCAACACGUGGAUACAGAACAACAAUCCCAAAGUUGAGCGAUUCUUCAACACAACAGGGCCCCUACCGGAUGUCCCAUUUGAGAAACUAGUUGAGCGUGCCCGCCGCGCACAGCUUCAAGGCGACCGGUUCUGGAAUCCCGGCGAGCGCUCUACAAACGACGACCUCGAAGCGCUUAUCGGUCCCCCUCAUUUGGGAAACAGGAUGCAGGAUGAAGUCACACAACUACUGAGCACUCUUAAUCGCCGCAGGGACUUUCCAGACGUACUUGACGGCGGCUCGCUAGCUACCAUCGCUCUCGGUGCAUCAGAUAGUCUGUAUGGCUUCCUCUUGGAGAUGGUCUUAGCUCGUGAGCUACGCAUGCGCAUGUACCGACUCUCCGAUAUGAGUUUUGGCAAUGUCAGUCGCCGGAUCGUCGCUACUAUGCACGCUUCAGAGCGGUGGCUUGACGGCGUCCAUGUGAAAAUGCCUGAUCCAAAAGGGAAACCAAACUACGUCGAGCUGCAUAGCCUUGUCCAUGAGCAACAGGUUGAGGGAUUGGUUCGCUUUGCCGAAACCAUGGCGUGGCCAGCUCUUGGAGAGAUGCGCAUCUUCGCAGAGGAGGUUUACGCUGGUAUCAGGGCGGGCAUGACGAAUACCAGCACUCAUCUCUGGGACUGGCUAUAUGGCCUCAUGCUGCCUGGGAAUGCCUUCAUUUUUGCGAUCAUGGCCGCGCUAGUGGCAGCCACCCCAAGUUUACAGAGUCUGGGGGCGGCCCAGUUUUACGCUUCGGGAUUAGUGCUUAAAGACCGAUCGUACUGGCGGACGAAAACGGUGUUGGGACGCGUCUUGGGCGGGAUGAAGGGGGUCAGAGCGGCCAAUGGGUGGAUUGGGCCAUGUCCAGCUCCGGUGGAUGUCCGAGACGAAGCCGUCAAGGAGGGUUGGUGGCCUGUCCACGCAAGAGAUGUUGCCUUCACUCGCUUCAUGGCCAGGGAUCUCCCAGCGAUCGGGGAUCGAUUCGCCCCAUUCCUUCGCCGUGAGCCUCGUGAGGAAAGCUCAAGUGCGGCAGAAUGGAUUCGCAGCAUGGGCGACCGUUCAGAAUGGGCAGUGCCGAUCGGACCAUCUGAAUCGUCAGAUCAUGUCGAGUUCCGUGCCCUGCGUCUUCAGAGGAUAGGCUGGCACAGCAGCUCAGAGCCACAGCAAGGCACACCUGAGAAGGACGAUCAGAGUGAAGAGCCAGAGCCAGAGCAAAGAGCUACUCUCGAGGUGCUUAUCAAUGAUCGCCCGGUAAGCUUCACCCUCUACAGCAACCCCGUAUUCAUCGCGGCGCCAGCAUGUAUAGAUGGACCCCAUGCUAUUCUUCAGAAAGACCUUCCCAAGAUACAGCACAUACUGGGGCCGAGUCAACUUCCCGACCACGUCCACACGGACACGAGGGUGCUCAUUAUUGACGCUACUGGGAAGGGGGAAUGCGAGUUAGUUGCACGGGCAUGGUGCUCUCAGAAUGGACAGCAUGCGAUCGUUGUUAGAGGACAGGGAACAUGUUUUGCAUGUGCAGUUAAGGCUGCGAGUCAGGGUGGUCUUGUCAUAGGCUGUGUUAUCUGGUCAAAGUCGUGA